AUGAAGCCCUUGCGGCUCUUCGCCGCGGGGGCUGCCCUGCUCGACUUCUGCGCCGGGACCGCGGACCCGCAGCAGCAGCAGCAGCUGCUGCAGCAGCAGCAGCAGCAGCAGGGCUUCCACAGUGCAGCAGCAGCAGCAGCAGCAGCAGCAGAAGCCCUCCCAGCAGUCUGGAUCCUAAACCCUCAGCGGGCCCUGCAGCAUUUGCUGCAGCGCCUGGCUUCGACCCUGGGGCCUGUGGGGCCCCUGGGGGGGCCCCCCGGGGGCCCCCCGGGGGGCCCCCUUCCAGUACCCGAACCCACCCCUCCCGCGGGGGGCCCCCCAGCCUCCCCGGGGGCCCCCGGGGGGCCCCCCACUGCGGGUCUGUACCCUCAGGGGGGCCCCCAGGGCCCCGGAGGUGCUGCCCGCAGUGCCCUGGAGGGCCUUUUAAACAAAGCAGCAGCAAUGAGAAGGGGCCCCCAAGAAAGCCCUCCCGGAAGUCCCUUGGGGGGCCCCCUGGGGGGCCCCCUGGGGGGCCCCCUGGGGGGCCCCCUGGGGGGCCCCCUGAAGGGGGACAUGCAAGGAAGGCAGCAGCUGCAGCAGCAGCGGAGAAGCCAGCAGAGGCCCCCUUACUGGCUUGGGGGCCCCCCGCGGCGAAGGGGGCCCCCAGCAGAAGCAGCAGCGGCUGGACCUGCAGCAGCUGCUGGGCGAGCCUUCUGA